AACCUUGAUUCCUGACUGCAGUUUGAUUAUGUAGACUCUUAGCGCCGCUGUUGCAUUAAAGUCUGUUGAGCUAGUACGUGUGUGAAGCUGCUGCCUCUCCUUUUAAUCUCGCCGGGAUACAAUGGGGAACUAGAAACCGUCGAAUAUUUCCCGAAGGAAGACGGUUAUUUCAAAAACUCAAAGUGUUCUUUCUCACAUUAUGGAUUUUUUACCCUGUUAAUGUUUCAUCAUCAAACGUUCGGAUUUAACGUUGGAUGAUUAUUACCGACAUUCUUGUUUGGAUUAAAAGCCUCUGCGUCAUCGGGAAAAAAUAGAACGAACAAUGAAGGGGCAAGUACUGCUGUAUUUCUCUUUCAUCUGCCUCGAUUCCAUUAUUGCGCAAAUAAGCUACUCUAUUCCGGAGGAGAUGCCAAUUGGUUCAUUGAUAGGAAAUGUUGCACAGGACUUAGGUUUUGACAAAAAGCGUUUUAUAUCAGGCAAAGCAAAGAUUCACAGUAGGAACAGCGGUGACUACGUAGAGCUGAACAAGGACAACGGAGAGCUCCUCGUAAAAAAGAAAAUCGACAGAGAGGCGCUGUGUGCAGAUAUGACGGUUUGUAGUUUGGAUUUUCAGAUAAUUCUAGAAAACCCUAUUGAAUUUUACACUGUUACUGUUCAGAUAACAGAUAUCAAUGACAAUGCACCGACAUUUGAUAGAGGCGAGAUGAUAUUUAGAAUAAGCGAAUCGGCAACACCAGGAGCAAAAUUUGUAUUAAGGAGGGCGGAGGAUCUUGAUGUUGGAAUCAAUGGCAUUCAGAACUACGAAUUAAAACCAAGUGAUAAUUUUACUCUAAGGCUUAAUAAAAAUCUACAGGAUGUGGAGAUGGUUUUACAGAAGCCUUUAGACAGAGAGAAACAAGAACACAUGACUUUAGUACUAACAGCCCUGGAUGGAGGAGAGCCGCACAUGUCUGGAACUAUGAUCAUUCUAAUUACAGUUUUAGAUGUUAAUGACAAUGCUCCUCGUUUUACUCAGCAAACGUACAAAGCAGCUGUUAAUGAAAAUGUGCCCACAGGCACCGUCAUUUUUUCUGUAACAGCUUCCGAUGCAGAUCAAGGUUUAAACAGUAAAAUAACAUAUUCGAUCACAAAUACGCAAACAAAUGUUAGAAAACUAUUUCAGGUAAACAAGAACACUGGCGAUGUUUCUCUAAAAGGAAAUAUUGACUUUGAAAGGAAUAAGAACUUUGAAAUUAUCGUAGUUGCUACUGAUGAGGGCGGGCUUACUGAUUCUUGUAAGUUAAUGGUUGAAGUCCACGACAUUAAUGACAAUAGGCCAGAAAUUAGUAUUAUGUCAAAGUCGAAUGUGAUAUCGGAGAAUGUUAAAAUAAACACAGUUGUUACAGUGAUAAACAUUGAGGACAAAGACUCGGACGAAAAUGGGAAUGUAAACUGCUUUAUAAAUGAAAAUACACCAUUUGGUCUGAAAUCUUCAACAAACAGUUUUUAUAGUUUAAUUACAGACAGCGAAUUAGACAGAGAGACAACCUCUGAAUAUAAUAUUACAUUGAUCUGCUCUGAUAAAGGAGAACCCUCCCUCACCAGUAGUGUUACUCUUACAUUGCAGAUAUCUGAUGUAAAUGACAAUGCUCCUACCUUUGAUAAGACUUUAUAUGAGUCCAGCAUUGUAGAAAACAACAAAGCAGGUCUCUCAAUAUUCACACUAAAAGCAACAGACGCUGACUGGGGCCAGAAUGCUCGUGUCUCUUACAUACUGGAAGACUCCACUAUUAGCGGAGUAUCAGUCUCGUCAUAUGUUUCAGUCAGUGCUGAUAGUGGAAUUAUUCACGCAGUUCGCUCUUUUGACUACGAGCAGAUCAAAGAUUUUCAAUUCCAUGUUAAAGCGCAGGAUGGAGGCUCUCCUCCAUUAAGCAGCAAUGUGACGGUGAAAAUUCUUAUUCAGGACCAGAAC